GAGAAAGUGAAAUUUCAGAGAUAAGAGAAGUGUGGAAGUAAAAGGCAUCCAGCACCUUCCCUGCCCGAGCAGCCAGUGGGGCCCUUCACUGCUCAGGCACGCUCUGAGAUGGACAAGUACCUUUCCAGCGAGGUGCUCCCCAUCCCGAUGCUGCCGGACAAGAAGUACCGUCGGGAGAGCGCCUCGGUGGUGGACGAGUUCUUCUCCACGGAGAAGCCCAGCUCCACCCCCUACAGCGUCAACAUCAACGUGAUCCUGCCCGAUACGACCCACCUGCGCACAGGGCUGUACCGGCCCCCCAAACCCCCGGCGUCCUUCCCGCAGAUCAAAACCGAGCCCGGCACCGCCUUCGCCCAGCCCUGCUCAUCCGCCCCCGGCCCCACGCAGACCCUGCCCGACUUCACCAGCGUCUUCAGCAUGCCCCAGUCGGUGGCCGUCAACAACAUCUUCAUCAAGCAGGAGAUGCCCUCGGAGGUCCCCUUGUCUGCUGCCCCCCAGCCGCCCCAGCUCUACCAGCUGCCCCUGGGCAGCGGCGGCACCGACAUCCCCACCCUGACGUCCUCCUGCAGCACCACGGCCGUCAACUGCCUGGCCGGGGUCACCAUGGCCACGGGCAGCACCAUGGCCAGUGUGCACCGGCCCGUGCAGCCGGCAGGGCCGCUGAAGCAGUACCCACACGUGUCCCAGGGACAGGGCAGCUUCAACAUCUCCGGGCAGUUCUACCCUGCCCCGGGGGUGACCCUGCCCCCCUCGCCCCCCAACUCGCAGCCAGGCAGCCCAGAGAACCAGCCUGAGCUCAUCAACACCAUCUCCCCCCCGCCGUCCUACGAAGCCACUUUUGGACUGAAGCUGGUCCAGUCGUCCCAGGUCCCCCCGGUCCCCAAUGGCGUUGGGACCCUCUCCCAGGGGCACCUGGUCAUGCAGCCCCCCAAGUACAACCGACGCAACAACCCCGAGCUGGAGAAGAGGAGGAUCCACCACUGUGACUACCCAGGCUGCUCCAAAGUUUAUACCAAGAGCUCCCACCUGAAGGCACAUCAGAGGACUCACACAGGUGAGAAGCCCUACAAGUGCACCUGGGAGGGCUGUGACUGGCGCUUCGCCCGCUCUGACGAGCUCACCCGGCACUAUCGGAAGCACACGGGGGCCAAGCCCUUCAAGUGCCUCGCCUGCGGCCGCUGCUUCUCCCGCUCCGACCACCUGGCCCUGCAUAUGAAGAGGCACCAGAACUAGGAGCUGCCUCCUUCCCACACUUCUCCAAGAGCAGCUGGAACUCUUUUUUCCUCUGAGGGGCCUCCCCUCGUGCUGUACAUAGGAACAAACCCACGCUGUGAUCAACUGGCAGGGCAGGGAUGGUGGGUGAUCCCCCUGCCAGGCCUGUCCCCGAUUCUUUCUGGUUUUAAAAGAAAUUCAAAACCCCAAACAACUCAUUUACGAUCAGUUCUAAUUACAGACUGAUCUCCUGACGAGGCUCCCAGUGCCACUGGGCCAAUGGAUCUUGGAUUCCAAAGGGCUUUCUUCCGGCAAACCUGCUAUUUAUUUGUCACUCAGGAGCAACUGUCCUUUGUUCCUCAAGUUCUUUGGGAUGGUUUUUUACUCCUUCCAGGAUGGUGCCUUUGGUGAGGCCCAGGAGGGUUGUGACGGGUUGGAAGCUUGGACCCUCUUGGACUGCCCCAUGGCAUGGCUGUGGAUGUGACACACUCUCCCGUGGUGUGACCAUGGAUGUGGCACCUUCCCCCAUGGUGUGAUACGGCACCUUGUCCCUUGGCAUGGCCAUGGCUGUGACACUUUGCCCCAUGGUGUGACCAUGGAGGUGGCACCUCUGUCGUGUGAGAACAGGAGCACGUGCCUAGGGUUGUUUGGGCUGACAAUCCCAGUCUCUGUGGGGGCAUAAAAGAAGAAGACCUCUGACAUACUCACCUGAUGUGCCUUCAAGUAAGGGACAGCACAAAAGCAGGUGACAGAAGCACCACCUGUGUCCUGUUGAGCCCAGCUGUGGUUUCCUGGCAGCGACUCAGCUCAGCAAAGACCGGUCCUGCUUGGCGAGGUGUUUUGGUUGUGUCCUUAGCAUUUCUGCUUCCAAGAUAAAUUUUGACUUCAGGUGUCUCUGGGAGGACCAGCAUGGGUUUGAAGCCACCCAAAAUGCCGCUGAUGAAAGUCUGGUUUCCCAGAAGACACCGGUGGUGCCUUUCUCCAGAAGGCACACACAAGGACUGUGAUCACCAAUCACACCAGGCCUGUGCUGUUGCCAUUUCACCCCACUCAGAUGGGGAAAAAAAUAGAAAAAAAACAUAUCUUUGAAACUAAUUCCAAUGAAUUCUCCUGUUCAGAUUGUAAUCACAUUACCUACCUCACAGGUUCACCACCUCAAGCUCCGUGAGCACCUUCCCCCCUUGCUGUGGGGUGCCAUGACACGUGGGGCACAUCACCUGCUCUCCAAAGCCUACCAGGGGUUAAAUUUGGGCAAGACAAGAGCCAGGCCCUGCCAGUUCCAAUAGCAGCUGUGUGGGUCAUAAAUAAAUCAAGAACAAAUAAUGGGCCCGGUGUGUCCAACUGAAUAUUGAUUUCCCCACACCCUCCUCCUCUUUUAUUUCUCCUUGAACAAAUUUUGGUGCCCCACGGCCUGAUGUGUGUCUGCAGUGUGGGAUGAGAGGCCACGCUGAACUGGGGCAUCUUUGAGUGGUGGGAAUUUGGAGGCCACUCCUCUCUACUGGUGUCAAACUGCUCGGGAGCCGCAACCCGCCCUUGGGGUCCUGCUCAUGCUUUUCCAUGGAUAAACCAAGCUGAGUGGCACCUGCAGCAGGAGAGGAGGGCAGGAGGGAUUUGGGGGUUCUGUGGUGUGGUGUAGGCUUUGGGGGGGUGAUGUGCCCGGGGCUGAUGGCCCAGCACUGCCAUGGGCCCUUGGGGUGGCUGUUUGGCUCUCCAGCAGGGUGGGAAUGUCAGGCCAAGGAAUUGCUGGAGGUGGCUCAGGUGGCUUUUCCAGUGGUGCAUGGGAAGGGCUUUCCAGCCCUCAGCACCAGGGCUAGAAGGUCUGACAUCAGCAGCCUCUUGACACUGAGCUCAAGUGAAGUUUGGAGGGCCUGGCUUACACCCAGCUGACUGUGUGGAUGGACCUCCAAGUCCUUUUUUCAAUCCUUUUUCCAACUCUUCCAUGGCUUGUCGUGGCAGCUUCAUGAGGAUUGGCUGGUUGUGGGGCCAAGGGGCUGGUUUGCCAUGUCCCUUAUUGGCUGUGGGCUCUGGCUCCUCUCCAGGGCACAGGGCAGGACCUUGCCACUGUGACCUUGCCACUGUGACCUGGGCUCCUUCUUGUGGCCUGAGCUGGCCUGGGAGGUUGGACCUGCAGUGCCACCCCGUCCCAGCUAAGGUAAAACCACAGGGGACAGUUUCACCUCUUGCCUUGUGCCUGGGAUGUGGAUCUGGAGAGCCCCAGGGAUGGGGGCUUUUCCACCUCUCUGAUGAUGGAAAAGUCCCUUGGAGAGCAGUGGUGGAGCAACUGGGAUGAGCUCAUCCCAAAGGAAUUUCAGCACAGUGUGGAGAUGCCUCAGCCAGUCCCCACCUGGGUCUCCAGGAGGCUCUGGGUGACUCCAGGAACCUCAGGCUGGCUCGGUGGGGCUGGUGGGGACCCCCCAUGGCCAUGCUGGGACCUGCUGGGCUCUCCCCCCUCUGCUGGCACCUCUCAGCCCUCCGUGGAUGAGCCCUGGCACGGGCAACCUGUGUCCCCACAUCCCCCAGGAGCUCCAUGGCUGCAAUCCCAACCUCCACACUCCAAGAGGGUUUUUUGGUGCACCUUUUGCGGUUGAACCUCCUCAAGACCUGAGCCAAAGCACAGGGUGGGGGGUCCCCCGGCUGUCGGGGGGUCACCCCAACCCCUGGCCCUCGCAGAGGGGUCUCUUUGCCCCCCUCUGCUUUUUGGAGAAGGAAACCUCUGCUGUGAUUCUGAGUGGGCUCCAAAACCAGCUGGCUAAAGACCAAACCAACCAAUAGG